ACCUCUGUCGCUCUCUCUAAAAUGGAUCCAUUGCUCCCCCUUUCUCGUGAAAAUCUAAAGACCCAAAACAGAGAAUGAAUCGAUAGGAUCAAACUCCAUUACAUCUCUCUCUCUCCUCUCCUCUCCUCUCCUCUCCUCUCUUCUCUUCUCUCUUCUCUCUCUCUUCUCGACUGUUUUUCCUUGUGAUGAUUAAUCUUCUGGGAUGAAGUGCGAGUCUGGAGAAUUGACCCAUCCCUACCCAGGCUUGCAAAGGCAUGGCCACGCUCACUGUUUCCUGGAACUCCUUGUCACCAACCUCUCUGUAUUCUCUCUCUUCAAAAACUCUGCUAUUUUCUCUCUCUUCAAAUGCUCAGCACUGCUUCUUCCUAUGUUGUUCAGAGAAGAAGAGAUUCAGAUCCAAUUCGAGCGAAGAGAGAGAUAGAGAGGCGCAUUCAAUGUUGCUGCCAAAUGAAAACGGAUGGUGGGUUGGAAGAGGCGCUCUCUCUCUUUGAAGGUAUGCUCAAAUCCUCACACAAACCUUCUCUCUCAACUUGCAAUCUAUUGUUGGGGUCCUUCGAGAGACCGGACCAGGCUUCCUCUCUGUAUAAAACCAUGGUGACAGCUGGAAUUUCACCUGAUAUUCAAAUCUUGCAUACAUUGUUGAGGUAUUUUUGCCAAUUCCAGAUGACCCAUUUUGCGUUUGGGGUUAUUGGUCUCACUCAGAAGCUUGGUUACCCUCUCUCUGUCUUCCUCUUGAAUAUGGUAAUGGGAGGACUUUGCAAGGAGGGGCGAGUGGGGAGGGCUAUGGAGCACUUCGAUGGUAUGGAAAACCACAAGCUUUCAAUCAAUGUCUUUACAUUUACCACUCUGAUCAAUGGGCUCUGCAAAGCCCAUAAGGUGGAAGAGGCCAUGGCUAUACUCAAAGCGGUGGGGAAGAAAGGAUGUCAACCAAAUGUCGUGACGUAUACAGUACUCAUGGAUGGUCUUUGCAAAGGGGGAAGGACAGAAGAGGCAAUGCCUUUGUUAGAGGAGAUGUAUAGCAAUGGCUUGAAGCCGGAUGUCUUUACAUUUAACACUUUGAUCAAUGGGCUCUGCAAAGCUGAUAAGGUGGAAGAAGCCCUGGUUUUGCACAAAGAAAUGGAGAAGAGAGGGUGUCAACCAAAUGUCGUCACGUAUAACACACUCAUUGAUGGCAUUUGCAAGGGUGGGAUAGCAGAGGAAGCAAUGUCUUUGUUGGAGGAGAUGCAUCACAGUGGCUUGACCCCAAAUGUGUUCACUUACAACACUCUUAUGAAUUUUUUGUGCAAAAGAAAUAAGGUGGAAGAAGCCCUGGCUUUGCACAAAGAAAUGGCGAAGAUAGGGAGUCAACCAAAUGUUGUCACAUAUACUACUCUGAUAGAUGGUCUUUGCAAGGACGGGAGAACAAAAGAGACAAUGGCAUUGUUAGAAGAGAUGCACCACAAUGGCCUAAACCCAAAUGUUGUCACAUAUAGCACUCUUAUAAGUGCGCUAUGUAAAAAAAAUCAAGUGGAAGAAGCCUUGGCUUUGCACAAAGAAAUGAAGAAUAAUGGCUGUCAACCAAAUAUUGUAACAUAUAAUGCACUCAUCGAUGGUCUUUGCAAGGAUGGGAGAACAAAAGAGACAAUGGCAUUGUUAGAAGAGAUGGGCCACAAUGGCCUAAACCCAAAUGUUGUCACAUAUAGCACUCUUAUAAGUGUGCUAUGUAAUAGAAAUAAGGUGGAAGAAGCCUUGGCUUUGCACAAAGAAAUGGAGAAUAAAGGAUGUCAACCAGAUGUUGUCAUGUAUAACACACUCAUCGAUGGUCUUUGCAAGGGUGGGAGAACAAAGGAUGCAAUGUCUUUGUUGGAGGAGAUCUGUCCCAAUGGCUUGAACCCAAAUAAAGUGCAAGAAGCCUUGGCUUUGCACAAAGAAAUGGGGCAGAUGGGUUGUCAACCAAAUAUCGUCACAUAUAGAACCUUAAUAGGUGGUCUUCGCAAGGAUGGGAGAACAAAAGAGACAAUGGCAUUGUUAGAAGAGAUGCGCGCCACAAUGGCCGAUAUCAACCAAAUGUUGUCACAUAUAGCGUACUCAUUGAUGGCCUUUGAGGAGGCAAUGUCUUUGUUAGAGGAGAUGUAUGAUAAUGGCUUGAACCCAAAUGUUGUUACGUAUGGCACUCUUAUGAAUCUGCUAUGCAAAAGAAAUAAGGUGGAAGAAGCAGUCACUUUGCACCAAAAAAUGGGGAAGAUAGGGUGUCAACCAAGUGUCGUCACGUAUAAUACUCUGAUAGAUGGUCUUUGCAAGGAUGGGAGAAUAAAAGAGGCAAGGGCAUUGUUAGGGGAGGUGUACCACAAUGGCCUAAACCCAAAUGUUGUCACAUAUAGCACUCUUAUGAAUACAUUAUUUCAAAGAAAUAUGGUGGAAGAAUCCUUGGCUUUGCACAAAGAAAUGGGUAAGAGAGGAUGUCAACCAGAUGUUGUCACUUAUAACACACUCAUCAAUGGUCUUUACGAUGGUGGAAGAAUUGAGGAAGCAGUGUCUUUAAUGGGGGAUAUGUAUCACAAUGGCUUGAAGCCUGAUGUUGUAACGUAUGACACUCCUAUAAAUGUGCUAUGCAAAAGAAACUAGGUGCAAGAUGCCCUGGCUCUGGACAUGUCAAUUAGGAAGAUAGGGUAUCACCUGAGUCUGUCAUGUAUAAUAUCCUGAUAGAUGGUCUUUGCAAGGUGGGAGAACUGAGGAGGCAAUUUCUUUGUUAGAAGAGAUGUAUCAGAAUGGCUUAAACAGAAAUGUCAUUACAUUUUCGGACUUGGUAAAUGGCUUUGAAAUACCAACAUAUGAGAAGAUGCCUUGGCAUUGCACAAAGAAAUGGGGAAGAUAGGUGUCUACCAGAUGUCACAUUUACUUCCAUGAAAUUAUCUUUGUGAGGAUGGGAGAAUAGAAGAGACACUGGCAAUAGAUUUACCAGUGUACUCAACCUGAAUGCACAUAUACCUCUCUUAUAAGCAUGCUAUAUAAAAACCAAUGGUGUUGAAGAAGCCUUGAGAUUAUGCAAGAACUGAGAAAGUGAGGUUGUCGGCCUAUUAUUAUCACGUAUAACUCUCUCAUGGAUGAUCUUUGCAAGGACAAAUAGAGGAAGCGGUGUCUUUUUUGGAGAAGAUGAACUCUAAUGGUUUAAACCCAAAUAUUUCCACAUAUGGUUCUUUUUUUUUGGUGAAGCAGUGUGGAUUUGGGCCCCUACCUGUUUUAUUAGAAAAGAAUAAAUAUCAUACAAUGGAGAACAUUUUACAACACUAUCAAGAGGGACACAAGCAACAUUGUAUGAAAGUAGGAGAGGCAAAAAAUCUGUUUCCUCCAUACUGUAACGAUGUGUCUUGCGUGCCAACAAGACAAGAUUGAGUGAGCAAAAUCGGAUUAUUCGAGCCUCUACCCGUCCCAGAUGGUCCAGCGUGUCCAUGGGUAGCCUUUGAAAGGGUGAUUUCCAUGUAUAGCUCUCUGAUAUAUGUCCAUGCAAAUCCAAAAAUGCGUAACAAGCCUUGAUCUUUUUCAAGGAACUGCAAAAGAGAUGGUGCUAUCCUGUUAUUAUCAUGUAUAACACGCUCAUAGAUGGGUUCUGCAAGAUGUGUAAGGUGGAUGUAACAAUGAGUGUCUACCAUGACAUGAUCCAUUUGGAGUUUGAGCCUGAUUCCAUUAUUUAUGGUAUCUUGAUCACGGGGCUGAGCAAAACUUGUGAGGCUGAGGCUGCUAAAAGACGUCUAUAUGAAAUUCAAAAGGUUAGGUUGGUUCCCCUCAGGCUGCUUAUAUAAAUUGCUGGAUUCAUUUCGUAAAAAUGGUGAUUCAAAGAAUGCUAUGAGUUUAUUUCGAGCAAUGUUUUACAACUUAGGCAAGUUGACUCGAACUUGACUGUGUUACUCUUGGCUGGUUGCCUGGAUGUAGUAACCCCCAAAUUUGGGGGUAUGUAAUAAAAAAGAAAUUAUAUAUUUGUAUAUUAUAAUUAUUUUAUAAUUGAUUUAGUCAAAUUUAAUCUUUGAUUAAAUCAGUUAUAAAUGACUUGUAUUGGCUUUCUUUAUACUUUUUUUGUACUUUUUUAUUUUUUGGCUUAUUUUUUCUACACUUUCUCAUUUUUCUAGAAAAUGGUCUUUAAUCAGUUUUCUUUUUUACUUUUGAAAACUUGUUCUCGUCUUUUACGUACGUUUUCUAUUGUUUAUUUUUCCUUUUCUUUUUUUCUGAUUUUAACAAAUUUUAAGGUUUUUUAAAUAUUCUUUUUUUUUUUUUGUCUAUUUUUUUCACGGCUCAGACUCGGAUGAGUCAGCUUCAACUGACAUUAUUAACUCAGCCAGGUCAGAGGCUGAGUUCCCCGGCCAAGCCGAGUGAAAAAACAUUUGUUUCAAGUGAUGAAUGAAGGUUCUUGCAAACCUAAUGUGUUGACCUUCAAUAUCCUGAUUGAUCAGUCAUGUAAGCGGUAACCAUCAAGUAGCAAAGGAAUUGCUUAAGGAUAUGAUCCAAAGAGGUAUCAUUCCUAAUAUGACAACCUAUUCUGUAGUAAUAAAUAUGUUUUUCAAGACAGGGUUAAUGGAUGAAGCUUAGGGAUUGCUCGAGGGCAUGAUUGCAAAGUGUUAUUCACCAGAUGCUAUGAUAUAUGCAUCAUUAUUGAAGCACUCAUUUGCAAAUGGUGAUAGGGGGGACUAGUCCUACCAAUCCAACGAGAGAUUACUACAUGGAGAACUGCAGCACAGCGAUAAAAAGUCCUUGGCCGAAGCCAUCUAACUAAGGCGGCAGAGUUCAUGGCAUUGCUCCAUCAAAUAGCAUGUAAGGGCGAGGGAAGCUGGCGAAGACCUUUCUCCACAUAAAAUCCUAUUGUUUCUCUCAGUCCAUAUGACCGCUGCCACCAAUGCCUCCCACAAAAGGAUAACAGCUUUGGACCAGGGAAAAGGGGGGAGGGAGCUGAAGAGGGAACUUUCUUUCAAGAUUGGCAACCCUUACUCUUUUCAAGACAAGUCCUCAUUCCCCAGGCCUCCUUUUGGAGACCACCAAAUCCAGGGUAGACCAAACUGAACUUUGACAUUACUCCAUGGGCAAUUGUGGCCCCUCAAGAAUUGGUGGCUUACUUAGAGACUUUGGAGGCCAUAGACUCGCCUCUUCCUCCAAAAGCAUUGUGACACUCGGACUUCCAUUCAGUAGAAGCCGUUGCUCGCCUUGAGAUCAUCAGAUUGUUUAGCCCCCAGUGAAGCCUUUUGUUAGUGGUAGAUGGGGACUCUAAGAAUGUUUCUGCGAUGGGCCUCCAGCUUUUCUCCACGCCCUUGGUCACUUGCUCACAUUUUUUAUGUAAUUGCACACAUUUGUAGGGAUAUGGAUGUUUCUGAUGAUGAUGGAUUAAUUGAGAAUGAAUAAUGAAACGACACCAAAUUUCUGUAUAUAGAAAGAGAGCAAUAAAAUGCAUACUUGUACCAAACAACAUGUAUAAACAAUUCCCCUUCUCAAAGGCCA